AUGCUUGAAAUAUCUCAGGAUCCAGUUUUAGGUUCCAAUCAAAAGAAAGACAAGCUAUGUGAGCAAAUUUCAGCUCUAUUUCACGAAAAGAUUUUUAACGUUUGCACUGGACAUAGGAGUCUGAAGUCUCUCUCAUGCCGAAUGCAAAUAAUUAUGAAAGCUAUCAGUAAAUUUCGAGGAUGCAUUCGACAAGUCGAAUGCCUCAAUCCAAGCGGUGCUUCUGAAUUUGAUAUUAAUAAACGUGCUAGGAUCAUAUUUGUAGAAGAUCCAGAAAAGAAAAGAGGAUUUCUAUUUGAUCAUGUUUGGUCGAUUUUGAAGGAUGUAGAGAAAUAA